AUGAAGGGCGCUGCGUCUCUUGCGCUUACAGAGCUGCCAGUCGAGAGCGAGCCCUCCUCGGACGCAUCGAAUGCAUUACAACGAAAACUCAAAACACAAGAGAGACGAAUUGCCAUUCUGGAACAGAAACUCAUCAAUCGAAAUGGCGGUGGUAAUCCCCCGCAAUAUGGGGAGUUUGUGCCCCAUGAACCCAAGAUCACAGAGGAAAUCAUGUUCAGAGGAAAGGGUUUCAGAUCCCAGUUCAACGGCGCAACGAGUAUCAUGAGCAUGAUCUCCACGGUACAGUCCCAAGCCUGA